UCCAAAUUCGAAACGCGUCGUGUUGAAAUGUCAUCAGCCAAUCGACGCGUGCAAUAGAGUGACGUCAUUAUGCGCGCGCAGGACGUUCUUAUUCAACCUUCGGAUUUCGCUGCUCUCGUGAUUUACUUCGCUUUUCGUCUCACGAACUCUCCGCAAGCUUAAAUAUACUCGGUUGUCAAUGGUAAAACGCAUAAACAUUGAGAAAGCUUCAUUUUCAUUAACGAGUUUGAAUUGCGUGAUUGCGUGACGUAUGGUUCGAAUGUGAGAAAUUUUUUAAACCAGGUUGUGAAUAUAAUAGAGACUGCAAGUAGGUGAAGGCAAAGCAAUUAGAAGCUUACGUAGUUGGUGCUGACAACUUCAAAAUGACAUCUAAAGUAUUAAUGAAACUUCCAACGGUGCCCUUCCCUCAAGGGAAGAAGACAACACCUGAUCUAGUUUCCUUGACUGAGAGAAACGAUGGACAUGCACAAGUCAGACACCAAGGAUUGAAUAUAGAUCGAGCAGCCCAACUUGAGCAGAAUAUGAAAUUUUUACAAGAACAACAUCAGGCAACUUUGAUUGCUUUACAUCAAGAAGUAGAGGCUUUGCGCCAGAGAAACAGAGAUUUACAAUUUCAAUUGGUAUUUUCCAAAAGAGCACAUUGUGUGCCUAGCAGUCCUUCUUCGCCUGAAGAUAAUGGAAAUGGGUUUGCGAAAUCAAAGGGUAGCCCAGUAUGUGUCAAUAUUACACCUCUCCAAGUGGAACUUUUGGAGAAAGAUUUACAAGAUAUUAAGGUGUCACUGCAAGAUGCAAAAACACAUAACCAGUAUUUGUCAAAUAUUAUAGAACAACAAAAAAAAAGAUUAGAUAUUACUGAAGACCAGAAAAGUAAACUCGAGGUGACGGAUGUGGGAAUCCAAGUCGGCGAUCCAGUGCAAGCAAGCUUGGUCGUGCUUUUGGAAGAAUCUUAUGCAAUGGUGAAACGGUUACACAAAGAAAAUCUGGAUCAGAAGAAGGAGAUAGCUUCGUUGAGAGCAGCUUCUUCGGCAAACAACGGUGGUCCCAGCAGAGGUGGGCGUUCACGUGACGGUAACAACGGUCAUCAUAGCCGUGGUUCACCUACGGAUUCGACGCAGGAACAGAGUUCUCGUAAAUUUCCGCCGUUACCAAUACCGAGUUAUUGGCAUCGCAGAUCACCGAGAUACAGUACGAGUCGGCAUGAAAAGCAGGAUCAUCAGGCGGAUGCAGACACGACCGUUUUACCACAACUCCAGAACGGUAGCGUUAAAUCAGAAGGAGCCAGUUCCGCCGAGCCACAGUCGUACCGAUCAUGCGAGUAUCGCAAUUAUUCUCGCGACGGUGGUAAUCGCAAGUAUAGAGGACAAGCAUCGCGAAGAGACAGCAAUCACUAUUACCACUCGCGUGACUUCAAAGACAGAAACUCCAAGGAUCGCCCGAGAGACGCGGGCGAUUCCGGUGAAGGGUCGAAAGACGUCAAUAAUUCUCGGAGGCAGUAGAGUCGUGAAGUAUAUCGUUGCCGAUUUGUAGAAAUCGCGAAUGACGGCGAGCUUUAGUUAUUCGCGUGUUGAUGACGCGUAAAAGAGGCAUCGGCGAUUUCGAUACAAGUUAUGUAAAAGUUAACGAUAAACGAGUGUGAUCGAUGUUUUCUUGUACACAUUCUGGUGCUGAUUAAUCACGUCAGUUUCGUGCAUAUUGUAGCUUGUAAUAGGAUAGCGAAGAUGAACGAACAUAAGCUGUACGAUUUUCGAUGGAACACAAUGUCUAGUCUGUAUACCCAAUUUUACCCGUUAUAGGCUGCCAUAAAGGAGUAAUAGAGCUCGCGCUUUGUAGAUGGAUGAUUAUCAACAAUAUUUAGCGAAAGACUUUGAUAGACAAGAAGACCUUUCCCUUCUUAUGGACGACGGUUGAAACACGACCAAAUAACUCACUAAAUAUUAGCUUUCCCGACUGACAUUUGAAUUGGACGGACUCGAGCUUAAUACGCGUGCAGUGUUAAAAGAUAAUGCUGUCCAUGCAUAUACGUGUGCGUGUAUUACAUUUUUUCUCGAUGAUGCAGCAUCGAAGAGGAGAUUCUAAGUGAAAUCUAGUCAUUUUCAUGUAUUCCAUUCUUAAAACAGCAAAUCGUUGAACGAUCUUGCUAUUGAUAUAUAUAUAUAUAUACACACACACACAUAUAUAUAUAUAUA